AGGAUGUAUCCUGAUGGUGGAGGAGGGGGCCAUCGCUGCACCACCCCCUCCACUCUAUGACGCUUCUGUGUGCUCGCUGCGAAAAAGACAAAGACGUCCUGGUUUGCCCAACCCCCUUUCGUGUACAAGCCCACGCAGAUGAAUAGGCUCGCUAAACUAGAGGAUGAAGGGGUCCCUGACAUCAGCAGGAUGGGGGAUAGCCUGUUGCCGUACGGUGACACACUGCACUACCCAACUUGUGGAUGCCCACCAGGAUGGCAGAACAGCACGAGAGCCGCAGACAUUGUGGACUUGCUGGCACAGCAGGCGUUCAAGGGGUAUCAGGCUGGGCGGCUUGUGGCCACCAGGCCCCUGCGAGUGCUGUACUUUCUCCCACACCACAACGUGACUGGAGGCAUGAAGUGCUUGGUGGAGCACAUAAGGUUGUUGAAGAUCCGAGGCCACACUGUGAUCGCUGCGCAUCGCUCGGAGACGGCCGACCGCGCGAUGCCUCCUUGGACGCGGGUGGAGGCCAGCGUGGAUGUGGUCUGCAGGCUGCAUCAGCGCAUCAACGACGUGUAUGACGUCACCAAGAUUGAUGUGGUCGUUGUUGGCAUCUUCCACCAGGUGGCUGAGCUCCUGGUUGGUGUGCCGGCGCCAAUCCUCUACUGGGAGCAGGGACACGAAUGGCUGUUCGGGGACCCAGUCAGGUUCCAGGUGGCGCACAACUACCAGCGGCAGGACCAGCUGUUCCACAAGGUGCUGCACCUGCCGGUGGCGCUGGCCGCGGUGUCAGAGGCGGUGCGCGCCAUUCUGCAGCGCCAGUUCGGGCGCUCCUCGCUGCUCAUCCCCAACGGCGUCGACUGCGACCGCUUCUUCCCGGGGCCCCCCGCCGCCGUGCCCCCCACCGCCGCGCUGACCUCCCCCUCCAAGGGCCAGGAGAAGCGCGGGGAGGAGCAUGCGGGCAGGCGGUCAGUGCUGCUGGUGGGCAACCCAGCGCUGCCGCUGAAGGGGUUUGACGUGGCGCUGGCGGUGCUGUCCAUGGUCAACCGCGUGCUGCCGCUCGACGUGACCUGGAUCUGCCAGACGCACCCCACGUCCGCAAUGGUCUCCGGCCUCGCCUCCUGCGGCCUGCGCAUCAGCCUCCACGUCAGCCCCUCCCAGGAGCUGCUGCCGGCACUGUACCGGGGCCACGAUGCGCUGCUGUUCACGUCGCGCUACGAGGCGUGGGGCAUGCCGGUGCUGGAGGCCAUGGCCAGCGGCCUCGCCUGCGUCGCCACCAACUGCCUUGGCGUGCAAACCUUCGCGCAGCACGGCGUCAAUGCCCUCCUCGCCGACACCCAGGAUGUGGAGCACCUGGCGCGGCUGCUGCUGACGGUGCUGGUGGAGGACUCCCUGCGCCAACGCCUGGCCAUCGCCGCGCGCGCCACAGCCCUCCAGUUCGCGCCCUCCAUCAUCGCCGACAGGCUGGAGGCGGUGCUGUACAGCCUGACGGCGGGCGCGCAGGACCUGCUGCACCUGCGCACGCCUGCGCUGGCCGACCUGCACGCCGCAUGCGCAGCCGCCUCCCUCGCCUGCGCCAAACCCGCCGCCCCGGCCGCAACAUCGUCCUCAGCUUCCUCCUCCCAGGUGCAAAGCCGUCCCGAGCGCAUGCACAGCAGCGAAACCAAUCUGGGCGCUGACACUGGGCGAUGAGCGGCCUUGCCCUUGCAGUCGCUGGAGAAGGGCGGGGCAAGUUGUUGAGCAACAGUGUAAUAGAGUGAGCGGCCUGAUGGGGUGCCCAACUGGAGGCCCCACCUUUUGCCCUGAAUCCCAAUGCGUUCCUCUGUCAGGACAACCCUGAUGACGCCCCAGCCAACAAGAUAAGGCCAGGACACCUGUGCCUGGUGCUGCAUGCUAGAGCUCGUGGAGCCUUGGCGGUUGCUCUGGGCAGAGCACUAUAAAAGCACUUGAAAGUCCGUUGAUGCAGUUCUCACGCCAUUUGCAAUGCGUGGGACAGUUGUUGCGCAUUAAGGUCUGUUGCCGCGUCCUGCUUUUGUGGCUGCUUGAAUCGGCGCAGAUGGUUUGGCAAGGAUUGCAUCCUUGACCAGGUACCGGUGUGCAGGAAGGUCUUCCUGCACACAGCUCUGGUACUGCAGAGACAACUGUACCAGAGCAAUUAUAUGUCCUUUACCACAAGUUGGAGUGACAGACCAACAAUUGUGUCGUACAGUCAACAUAAUAUGUAGCAUCCCCGCGCCCCUUGCCCACCGUCUGAAGUGAUGCAGAUUAGUCUUCCUUCCUGUGCAGCCAUUUAUAAGUAAAUAUUAUAAGAUCUGAAGAGGCCCUGUAAGGUUUAUGUA